AUGUCGCAGCAUGCUAUCAUCACGCUAGGUUCCCGACAAGUAUACUGCCCCAAGCGCCCGGUAGCCUAUGCCGCUCUCCCGAAGGCGGAUGCUGAACUCCAAAGGCUACAAGAACGCGGCAUCAUUUCUCCAGUGCAGUUCUCCAAUUGGGCUGCCCCUAUCGUCGUGGUUCGCAAAUCGGACAACGUCUCUGUUCGAAUUUGCGGCGAUUACUCAACUGGACUCAACGCAGCUCUGGAAUCCGACCGGCAUCCUCUGCCUCAUCCCGACGACAUCUUUACUACCCUGGCUGGGGCACGCCUUUUCUCCCAAAUCGAUCUGUCGGACGCAUACCUCCAGGUCGAAGUGGAGGAAGAAUCACGCAAACUGUUGACGGUUAACACCCACCGAGGCCUGUUCCAGUACAACCGUCUUGCUCCAGGUAUAAAAUCGGCACCUGGAGCCUUUCAACGCAUAAUCGACUGCAUGGUAGCUGGCAUCCCAGGUGUAAAAACCUAUCUCGACGAUAUUCUGGUAUUCGGACGAACUCAAGAGGAACACGAUCGCAAUCUGGACGCGACCCUUGGAAGGAUUCGUGAUUACGGGUUUCAUCUACGCAUCGAAAAAUGCCAUUUUUCUCUUCCUCAGAUUAAAUUUCUUGGUCACAUCAUCGACAAGGAAGGUCUCCGCCCAGAUCCAGCCAAGACUCGUGCGAUCUCUGAGAUGCCGGCCCCCACGAAUGUGUCACAGCUUCGAUCCUAUCUUGGCGCUAUAAACUAUUAUGGACGGUUUGUAGGCCAAAUCAAGGAGCUCCGUGCGCCGCUCGACCGGUUACUGAAGAAGGACGCCCGCUGGGAAUGGACUCCAGAAUGCCAAAGCUCGUUCGACCGCUUCAAAUCCAUUCUGCAGUCUGACCUCCUUCUGACACACUUCGACCCUCGGAAGGAAAUCAUCGUAGCUGGUGAUGCAUCCAAACACGGCUUGGGUGCCGUUAUAAUGCAUCGAUUCCCCAACGGUUCCAUCAAACCCAUCGCUCACGCUUCAAGAUCGUUGACACCUGCUGAGGUUAACUAUGGCCAAAUCGAGAAGGAAGCUUUGGCACUCAUCUUUGCUGUCACGCGCUUCCACAAAAUGGUUUAUGGUCGCAGGUUCACUCUUCAAACCGACCACAAGCCCCUCCUGAAGGGUUUCGGCAGCAAGAAAGGGAUUCCGGUGUACACAGCAAAUCGACUCCAACGCUGGGCGUUGACUUUGUUGCUCUACAACUUCGAAAUCCAGUUCGUUCCAACCGCAAGCUUUGGACACGCCGAUCUUCUCUCUCGUCUGAUGGAUUCCCACAAGAAAUCGGACGAAGAAUAUGUCAUCGCAGCGAUACAGAUGGAGACAGACGUGAAAACUAUUUUCGAAGGGUCCAUCUCCAACCUGCCGGUUACAUCGGACAUGAUCUCCAAACAAUCAGCAGAGGAUCCAACACUUCAAGAAGUAUUCAACUAUAUCCAGAACGGGUGGCCCGAAUCUACGAAAACAAUCGCCGAUCCAACAGUACGACAGUUUUUCUCCAGACGUGACAGCUUACAAGUUUUUCAAGACUGCAUCAUGUUUGGUGACCGUGUCGUCGUUCCAGCCUUGUACCGAAAACGAAUACUUCGCCAGCUACACCGAGGACACCCUGGAAUGGAGCGCAUGAAGUCAAUAGCAAGAAGUUUCGUCUAUUGGUCGAACAUCGAUGAUGACGUCGAGGACUUUGUGCGCCGAUGUAGUUCCUGUGCCCAAGCAGUGAGAGAUCCCCGGAAAACAACUCUCGAAUCCUGGCCCCUUCCUUCAAAACCGAUGGAGCGAAUUCACAUCGACUAUGCCGGCCCCAUCGAUGGUUUCUACUAUCUGGUCAUAGUUGAUGCCUACUCCAAGUGGCCCGAGGUUUUCCGAACGCGUUCAACUACUACGACUGCAACUUUGGACUUCUUGCAAGAAACCUUUGCAAGAUACGGAUAUCCCCACACAUUGGUCUCUGACAACGGUUCCCAGUUCAUCAGCGCACAGUUCCAACAAUUCUGCAAAGAACACGGAAUCCAACAUCUGACGACCGCUCCAUACCAUCCGCAAUCGAACGGCCAAGCGGAAAGGUUUGUGGACAGCUUGAAACGAGGACUCAAGAAGCUCGCAAAUGGGAAAAGCAUGGCUACAACACAGCACUUACUAACAUUUUUGCAAAUCUCCACCCAAUUGGACCUUCUGAAGCCAACGCUACCAAGCUCAACACGAAUCAACGAUGCUCAAAACGCUCAGUUCAAUAAACGUCACGGCGCUGUGCAAAGGAAAUUCGUCGCUGGAAAUCCGGUUCUGGCCAAGGUUCAUCAAGGGAAUUGCGCCAAGUGGAUUCCGGGUCGGAUCAUCGAACCCAAAGGUAACGUGAUGUACACCGUUCUCCUGGACAACGGUCGACUCAUCCGAUCCCACACCAAUCAACUGAAGGUCUGGUUCAUCGAAACAGCAGCACCGGUUCCAACACCAAAUCUUCCAUUGUCGGUGUUGUUGGAUGAUUUCGUUGUUCCAGUCUCCGAAGCUGACCAAACAGACUCCUUGCGGAAUGAAGACGAUUUGGGUUGUUCCGAGUAUGGCUCACCUCUGCAGUCACCUGAAGUUCCACCACCACGGACAAGACCAACCCGAAAUCGCUGUCCGCCCAAGCGAUUGAGCUCGUACGAUCUUUCUUAA